CUGUUUCUGUUGGCUGUGUUUGUGUCUGCAGGUGGUUGGAGUGUUUGGGGCCACUGGGGGCAGUGCAGCAGUGAAUGUGGCGGAGGAAUCCAAACCCGUGCUCGGACCUGCCAGUCGCCUCCUGAGGAGUCUUUCCUGUGUGAGGGCAUAGUGGAGGAAGGUCGGCCCUGCAACUCCCAGUCAUGCACAGGCAAAGGUCGCCAUCUCUCUCGCAGCCAGUCUCUCCGCUCGGUGGACAACCCCAAGCGUGAUGACACAGACAAGCCCCCCCGCAGUGGACAGCAGAGUCCUCAGGAAGAAUCAACUUCAGGUGAGGAGUGGUCAUCCUGGAGUGUGUGUUCUGCCACCUGCGGGGAAGGCUGGCAGAGUCGCACUCGUUUCUGUGUGUCCUCCUCCUACAGCACCCAUUGUAGCGGGCCACUGCGAGAGCAGAGACCUUGCAACACCUCAGCAAUUUGUCCAGUUCACGGCACAUGGGAUGAGUGGUCACCUUGGAGUUUGUGUUCAUCCACCUGUGGCCGAGGUUACAGGGCCCGAACACGAACUUGUUCCCCCCCGCAGUUUGAGGGAAAACCCUGUGAUGGACCAGAGAAGCAGACCAAAUUCUGCAACAUAGCCGUCUGUCCAGUGGAUGGUGUCUGGAAUGAGUGGUCCAGCUGGAGCUCCUGCUCCACUACAUGUUCCAAUGGGACGAUGCAGAGAACCAGGGAAUGCAACGGCCCCUCUUAUGGGGGCUCGGAGUGCAGGGGAGAGUGGCUGGAGACGGUUGACUGUUUCUUGCGGGAUUGUCCAGUGGAUGGAAAGUGGCAGCCUUGGUCCUUGUGGUCAGGCUGCUCAAAAACCUGUGGAGGGGGGAUGCAGCAGAGGAACAGGGUUUGUUAUGGGCCCUUUUUCGAAGGACAGGAUUGUCCUGGAGAGAGACAACAAAUCCGUCACUGCAAUGAAAAGAGAUGCCCAGCACCUCAUGAGAUAUGUGAUGAGGACAAUUUCUCUAAGGUUGUGUGGAAGAUGACUCCUGCCGGGGAUACAGCAGCAGUACAAUGUGAUUCCAAUGCCAUAGGGGUUAUCCUGCGUCGCUGCUCUUUGGAUGAGGAGGGCAUUGCCUACUGGGAAAAUCCCACCUAUAUGAAAUGCAUUUCCAAUGACUAUCGCAAUAUACAAACCUUAACUCGGGAACACUUGUCCAAAGCACAGCGUGGCCUUGUGGGAGAUGGAGUUUCAGAAGUGAUGAACAAGCUGAGGAUGACAUCUGAUGAUGGAACAAGCUACAGCGGUGAUCUGUUGGCUAUCCUGGACGUACUGAAGAACAUGACAGAGAUCUUCAGGAGGGCGUACUACAGCCCCACGAGUGCAGACAUGAGGAACUUUGUGCAGACAGUGAGCAAUCUGCUGAUGGAAGAGAACCGGGACAGAUGGGAAGAAGCACAACUGCUGGGCUCCAACAUCAAGGAGCUGUUCCGUCUCAUGGAGGACUUUGUGGAUGUCAUCGGCUUAAGGAUGAAAGAGUUCCGUGACAUGUAUGAAGUCACCGAUAACCUGGUUUUAAGCAUCCAUAAGCGUCCUGUGAUGGAUCAGGCUGACUUCAACUUCCCUAUGAAGGGCUGGAGAGGAAUGGUGGACUGGGCUCGGAACUCUGAGGACCGAGUCAGCAUCCCAAAGAACAUCCUGUCCACUGGAAAGCCAGAAGCAGACGAUGACUCGACCUUCGUAACCGGCGUUGUUCUCUACAGGAACCUGGGCAGCAUUUUGUCUCUGCAAAGAAACAACACUAUCCUCAACUCUAAGCUUUUGUCAGUGACAAUCAAGCCCCUCCCUGCUUCCCUCUCUACACCUGUUGUGGUCGAGUUUUCCCACCUACACAACGGCACUACCAACCAAACCUGUAUAUCAUGGGAUGAGAGCGACAGCUCCUCUCUGCUGGGAUCUUGGUCUGCCAGGGGCUGCAGAGCCGUGCUCGUCGACUCAUUCAGAACCAAAUGCGUGUGUGACAGACUGUCCACCUUCGCCAUUUUAGCACGGCUGAACCCCGACAUGACAGGGUACAUCAUGUCUUUUGAUGGGCACCGGAUCUUCGAGGGUUGCCUGGGUCCCCAGCACGCCGACCUCACCUUGACGCCUUAGCCCUCUUGCCGCUCCUGUGCUCUCGCGGGUUCGCCCUCGGCCUGACAUGAACGCGGCCGUGUCAUGCAGCAUGGAGGCUAACAACCAGCCCUUUCU